AGUCCAAGAAGAGAACCUACAAGCUAGACUUGUAGAUUAAAGUUACCUUAUCAAAAAGACAGACUCUGCAAGUUUCCUCAAGACCUACCUGUGCAAACACAGGCUGACCCAGCAAAAGAACUGAAAAUUACAGCCUGAAAUGGAUGGCAGUAACUGCAAAGUUAUUGCUCCUCUUCUAACUCAGAGCUACCGGAGGAUGGUCACCAAGGACGGCCAUAGCACACUUCAAAUGGAUGGUGCUCAAAGAGGUCUUGCAUAUCUGCGAGAUGCUUGGGGAAUCCUAAUGGACAUGCGCUGGCGCUGGAUGAUGUUGGUCUUUUCUGCUUCUUUUGUUGUUCAUUGGCUUGUCUUUGCAGUGCUCUGGUAUGUUCUAGCUGAGAUGAAUGGUGAUCUGGAACUAGAUCAUGAUGCCCCACCUGAAAACCACACUAUCUGUGUGAAGUACAUCACCAGUUUCACAGCUGCAUUCUCCUUUUCCCUGGAGACACAACUCACAAUUGGUUAUGGUACCAUGUUCCCCAGUGGUGACUGUCCAAGUGCAAUCGCCUUACUUGCCAUACAAAUGCUCCUAGGCCUCAUGCUAGAGGCUUUUAUCACAGGUGCCUUUGUGGCGAAGAUUGCCCGGCCAAAAAAUCGAGCUUUCUCAAUUCGCUUUACAGACUUAGCAGUAGUAGCUCACAUAGAUGGCAAACCUAAUCUAAUUUUCCAAGUGGCCAACACUCGACCUAGCCCUCUGACCAGUGUCCGGGUCUCAGCUGUACUCUAUCAGGAAAGAGAAAACGGUGAACUCAACCAGACCAGUGUGGACUUCCAUCUCGAUGGCAUCAGUUCUGAGGAAUGUCCAUUCUUUAUCUUUCCACUAACCUACUAUCACUCCAUUAUACCAUCAAGUCCUCUGGCUACUCUGCUCCAGCAUGAAAGUCCUCCCCACUUCGAAUUAGUUGUGUUCCUCUCAGCAAUGCAGGAAGGCACAGGAGAAAUAUGCCAAAGGAGGACGUCCUACCUACCCUCCGAGAUCAUGUUACAUCACUGUUUUGCCUCUCUGUUGACCCGGGGUUCCAAAGGUGAAUAUCAAAUCAAGAUGGAGAAUUUUGACAAGACUGUUCCUGAACUUCCAACUCCUCUAGUCUCCAAGAGCCCAAACAGGACAGACCUAGACAUCUGUAUCAACGGACAAAGCAUGGACAAUUUUCAGAUCUCGGAAACAGGACUGACAGAAUAAGAGGUCUCCAUUACACCUUAUUUUUUAAUGUAUUAAAUAUACGCAGCCAGUUAUGCAGCUACUUUUCCUUCAUAUCUCAUGUUUUCUCUUUUUUCAAUGCUGAUUACAUCUCUCCGAUUACAUCAUGGUAAUCAAGCCUGUGCCCAUAAAAAUGGCUGAGCUAACAAUACACAUUCUGGAAAUAUAACAUUCUACCUUACAAGUUUGUAUCUGUGGUUAUCUGCUGAAAUCGAUGCAUCUCAACAUGACAGAUAUUUACACAGAAAUAUUGGUGGAUUUAUAAUAAAGUGGUAUGAUACCACUAAUGAAGGUAAAACAGGACAAUUAAGUUUAACACAGCCAAACUCUAAAAUCAACCACAAAUCUCUCAUUUUCAUCUGCAAGUUGAAGCAGCAGUCUAGUCUUAAACCUAGCUCCCUGGGUAGAAUGAUGAUUUCACAAUAUUUAAUGAACAUCCUUCUAAAACUGUUAUUUUUUCAAGACAACAAGAUCAUUCCUCUGGUUCUUCAUACUACAAAACGGAAGUAAGUAUUACCCCCUUAAUUUUUUGACAUCUAAGGACAAAAAUUUACACACAAAACC